GACGGUUAACGGGAGCGGACCGGAAGUGCUGGGGGAGCGGGCUGCUUCUUCUCCUUCCUCGUUGCUCUGGGGAACAAUGUGGCGGAGGAGCGUUCUCCUUCCCGGGAGCUUCUGUGCUGGCCUUCGCCCGGGAGCCUGGCUGCAGAGGGCCGUGCCUUGGGGCAGGUACGGCUGUGGCAGUAAGACGCACAAGUACUUAGGCACCAGCCCUGUUUUGUGUACCAAAGAAGAUGACCCUACUCCUCCAGUCAAUAUCAAAGAUACAGAGACUUCACCAAACCAGGAGAAGAAACUGCAAGCAACCACAAAAAAGAACUUGCUAAAUAUCAUUAGUGAAAUGAAAGUAGAAAUCACUACAAAGAAGAAGUUCCAGAUGUUGAAAGCCCAGAAGAUUAAGGAUCAAACAACAAACUUGCCAGAAAAUAUGGAAAGUACAAGCAGCAUGUUCCAGAAAGCUACAGAAGACAAAGCUAUGAGUGAGACACUGAAUCCAGAGCUUGUGGCAGCAGCCUCUACUGUUGCAUCGUCCCUCCCUUUUGACCGGAAAAGGACAGUUUCAGAAUUGGUUCAACUACUGAAAAAGCAGAAGGAAGUCACUGAUGCACGUAAAAGCGGAGAAGUAACUGACAUAAGCAACAUCGUUGCAAACAUGAAGAUUGGGAGAAAGCCACCGGCACGGGAUGCUGCUAGACCAACCAAUCAAAUUCGGUUUGAUGAUGAUGGACGAGGUUAUAUACCUGAAAGAACACCUGCUGGUAGAAUGAGAAGAAAAGGACUGUUGUCAGGGAGAAGACUUGAUAUUUUUACUCCUACUCCUGAAACAGAAGAAGCACUUGAAACAGUGGCACCACCAACACUUUGGGAUCUGGAGCUUGCUAAAGAAAUAGAAGCUGUCCGUCAGAAAGGACCUCAGAAUGGCUUUGAGGAGAUGAUACAGUGGACUAAGGAGGGGAAACUAUGGGAAUUUCCAAUCAACAACGAAGCAGGACUUGAAGAUGAUGCGGAAUUUUAUGAUCAUAUAUUUCUGGAUAAAUACUUGGAAGACUUCCCUAAGGAAGAAUCAAUUCGCCAUUUCAUGGAACUUGUAACCUGUGGACUUUCCAAAAAUCCAUACUUAAGCGUUCAAGAAAAGGUGGAACAUAUAGCAUGGUUCCGGAAUUACUUCAAGGAAAAGGAAGAGUUGCUUAAGGAAAUUGAAGAACAUCGGAAGGAAAUCUUGCUUCAAAUGGAGAAUCAAUCGAAGUGAAAACUUCUAAAAGAAAAUCAUGCAUUUAUGUAAAUACAUAUUGGACAGUUACAGAAGCUAAUGUGGAAAAUAUAUGAACUGAUAAAAAAUAUUAUUAAAACCAUUGGUCAUGGCUGUUAUUUUAGGAGAAGAUGGUGGUCAGCAAUUCAUCAAUACCAAAAUUAGGCAACAACUUCGUAAUUCUUUUUGCAGAUUAUUCUCCAUAAUCUUUGAUGCAGUUGACAUGGAAGUGGAUCAGAGAAAAGGUCCAGCUUGUAUUCACAUCAUAAACCUGACUGAUAAAACUUCUUCCAGUGAGAUAUGAAUGGUAUGUGUAUCUUGAAGGCCAUAAACAACUCCUUUUGUUUCCAGAAAAACUCUAGUAAAACCACUUAGAUUUAACUUUGAUUUGAAUACCCUCAUCCAAAUUAACCAUCCUUGCCAGAAACUGGUUCUGAUCAAAAUUUGCUGUUCCAGGGUCUGAUAAAUAUAAGAAAUACAGCUGUGUGAUCUCACUCAUCUGUAUAUCUGUAUAAAAUAAGGGCUACUGCCCAUGCUUGCAUUGCUUGCCAACUCUCCCAACCCCUCAUACCAACUCAUUCCUCCCUUUAUACCAGGCGUCUGCAACGUUUUCUGCCCAUGGGCCGGAGGAUUCCCACGGACUAUCGUCCAUGGGUCAGACAUGGACCGUACAGGCGCAGAAGCGAUUUCCGGUGCCGCGCUGCCCAUGUCCCAAAC